CAGUAAUCUGACACCCAGAGGGACUGAGAGAGCAGAAGGAUGGACUCUUAACUCUGCUGGAAGAACGGAAGGAGCAGUCAUCCAAAAAGCUCCAGCGAGAGCAGAGGAGAAGAGAAAACGCUGUGCGCAACAAACAAACCCCGUGGCAGCAGCAGCAGCAGCGGAGGAGAGACAGAGAGACAGAGAGACACAGAGAGACACAGAGAGACAGAGCUGUCUCCAAAGAACAACAAGCUGCUGUUCGCCUCAAAUGAUCUCAAGGAGACAAGUUUCACUUUCCACGGGCGGAUGGGUGACUUUCCACGGCGCUUUGUGAGGAGGAGAUGAUGAAGAAUUUCAGCAGCAGCAACAACCAGACUCCGAACCACGUCCGAGAGCGAGAGCGAGAGCGAAACAACAGAAAGCACAGCUUACUCUCCAGCAUACCGCUGCGUUUCUCCCUGCGAGGUUAUGGUUUCUGCAUGGCUACACUCUUCCUCUUCUGUUUCGGCUCUCUUUUUUACCAGCUGAACGGAGGACCUCCUAAAAUCCUGCUGGACAUCCGACAAUAUCUGGGGAUGUGUGGCAAAAAUCUCCGGUCGGUCAAAAUGGCCACCGCCCGGCUCUUUAUCCAUAAGGACAGACUAGCGAGACAGCUGGUGUCGUACCCACGUGUCCACAAGCACAGACGAGGUGAAUCUACAUAUCUGGAUGACCACGGACCCCCUGCUCCUAGAGUCCUCCCAUUCCCCAGCCAGGUGGUUUAUAACCGUGUGGGGAAGUGCGGCAGCCGGACAGUGGUCAUCUUACUGCGGUUACUGGCUGAGAAGCACCAGUUCAACCUCGUCUCCUCUGACAUCCACAAUAAAACACGCCUCACGAAACAUGAACAGGUUGAUCUCAUGAAGAACAUCAGUAAUAUCCCUCAGCCGUUCCUCUACACACGACAUGUUCACUUCCUGAACUUCACCAGGUUCAGGAUAGAGCAGCCCGUCUAUAUCAACAUAAUCCGGGAUCCCAUCAACCGGUUCCUGUCCAACUACUUCUUCCGUCGCUUUGGGGACUGGCGGGGAGAGCAGAACCACCUCAUCCGCACUCCAGGGAUGAAAGACGAUGAGAGAUACCUGGAUAUCAACGUGUGCAUUCUAGAGAAUUACCCCGAGUGCUCCAACCCCCGGGUUUUCUACAUCAUUCCCUACUUCUGUGGACAGCAUCCUCAAUGCAGGGAGCCUGGAGUCUGGGCUCUGGAGCGAGCCAAGCAGAAUGUGCUGGAGAACUAUCUUAUUGUUGGUAUCCUGGAAGAGCUGGAGGAUGUUCUCCUCCUGCUGGAGAGGCUCUUACCUCAUUACUUUACAGGGGUACUUAACAUUUACAGGAGCCCGGACUACAGGAAGAUGGGGAACAUGACAGGCACGGUACGGAAACAAACGCCCACCCUGGAGGCCCUGCAGGUGCUGUACCACCGCAUGCGCUACGAGUACGAGUUCUACAACUUCAUCCGCGACCAGUUCCAUCUCAUGAAGAAAAAAAUUGGCCUCAAGUCUAUCUCAAAAGCCCCCGCCCACUCACCUUCUUUCCUCCGGGAGCUUACCCUCCGAACCCCAGAGCCUCUGGAUGAAGAUGAGGAGAUGGACACGGACCUUGAGGACGCCAACAGCUGGCUGGUCCAUUCAUAAGUGCUGUUCAGUGACCAGUGGAUGUGGUCAACAAAAAAAAAGCUGAUUGGCUAGAAAUAGCUAGAGACAGCCGGAGGCAGCCUGAAGACAAAGGGGAGCGUUCCCCGUCUUUCAGCAUUUCCAAGAAAAGUAAGGAGUGUUAAGAGGUGUGAGGAUCAUGGUGCUUGUGUUUCUACGACCUCCGUUUUCCAUCUCCUAUCAUGAAAGGCUCAGCACUGAGGACUAUAGGGUCCAAUUAUUGGAAGGACAAAAACGCUGUAUUUAAAAUUGACCAAGAACAAUGGGAAAUAACGUUGAGCUCAUUCCGCUUGACUCGAAAUUUUGCUUUAUUUUAUUCUAUUUUAUUGGUCUGUUUACAUAAGAAAUAAAGGAAAAAUAAACUAUCAUUGCUGUCAUCUCCAGGAGAGAUCGGCACAAGAUGUAGACGGAUAAACGUGCUGGGGAAUAUUUUAAAUGUUGGUCACUGAGAUGUUUUCAGUGUGAGUGGACUUCAGAGACUUUGCCCAAGAAAGAAGAUCAUACUUAAUGACAGGAGAAAUUUCCUAGCUGGAAUGGAAAUUGUAUCCAUGAAUAAAAAAAGUGCCAAAAGUCUUAUAUGUAUAUUAGUCACCAGAACUGUUGUAAGUGCCAAACCUUGCUAAGAGUCCCGGAAAUUGAGGAACCUCUGCGUGCAUCAGCAAUGUGACACUGUCAAGUCACUUGUUACAGUAUUGAUUUAUAACAUUAUUUUAAUUUGUAAAAUAUUAUUAGGUAUAAAUGAGGGUUAAACAGUGAGCACUCAAUUACGAAUUCAGAGAAUUCCAUCUGUGUGUGCAUGAAUGAUUGAGUUUCAGUUUCAGCAGUGUACUUACGCAUAGAUUUAUCACGUGGGACAUGACAUUAGUUGAAAAUAUCGUCUAAUAUAAAUAUAAGACUACAAAAAAAAAGCAUUUAUGGAGUAUGGUUGGUUUAACCCAAAGUUUGAAAGAUUGAGAUUGCCAAAUAGCAGUAUUUAUACUGUGAUGCGUUACAAAACUGUAUGAAUAUACUGCACUUUUUUGUGAGGUGACCUUUCCUGUAACUACAGCAAAAGAAAAGAGGGAUUUGGUCACAACUGAUUACUAAUUUGCCUUUAAUUCCAAAUAAGAUUGUGCUACUUUUAAACAUUCAUUUUGGUCUGUUUUUGUCUCUCAUCGUCAUCAACAGCAACAGCAGCUCGUCAGAAUGCAUGAUUCUUCAUCAAAAAUUAUGCAAAGAACAGUAACCAUAAGCUAAUAUCUGAUAGUCGUCUACAUAUUUCACUUUACCAUCCUAAUCAACAUUGUCUGUACAUUUCUCAUUGUGAUUGUGUCUCUUUCUUUUGCCCGUUUAAUUUAUUAUUUUGUAUUCAUUUGCAUUCCAGAUAAGAUUCUCAGGAAGGAAGAAAAAAAAAAGUUUCAUAACUUGUAUCUUUGGCCUCUGGUGGAUAUGAACCUAACAUUUGGCAUCUUAAGGGCAUCUCGAAUGUGUUUAUGUCGACAGCUGAAAACUGGUUCACAACUAAUGCAGUCAGUCAUUUUACAGCCUUCAAAAUAAAUGUCCUCUCUAACCAUUGCA